UCUAAAAUCAAAGGUAAAAUAAUGAAGCGUCAUAAUGUUUUGGAGAUAAGUAAGAACUUAAACCGUUCAAGUGUGUAUAGUUUUACUAAGUUCAAUAGGUACCUAUUUACUCUUUAAUUUUUUUCUAGGUAUCAUUGUUUUGUACGCUAGACUUGUAACUGGAGUGUCCAUAAAAAUUACAGAUGGUAAGUUGAAUGUUGAUGAGUUUCUGAAGAAAGUGAUGAAAUCUGACAAAUUUGAUGAAAUGGCUGAGAAAAUAGCCGACAAAGCUGUUGAAAAGUUUCAAAAAAUCAAUAAAGUAACGGACACUGCCUCUGUGCCUGAAGCUAUCGUAAAUAAAGAAGGAAUUACAUACAGGGUUUUAGAGAGUGAUGCUAAGGAACCGAAUAAUUCUGAAUCAAAAAUAGAUGAUACCGAAACGGAGACCAAGGCUUCUCCACGACCAGUUAUCAAGAAAAUAGACACUGAAGCAGUUAUAAAAAAAUCUGAAGAUUCUUUCAAUGAUUUAAGUUUGAAAUACAAACAAUUCACCAAAAGCGUUUACGGAAUGAAACCUAAAGAACUAGACGCAAAACGUCUGUCCAAUAUUGAAGGUGAAUCUUUAGAAAAAGAAAAUGAAAUGUACGAGCAAAACUUGGCAGCAAAGGCUAAAAAGCGAGGUUCUAUCGGUGAAGCAAGCUCAAUGAAAAUAGAACCUGUAAACGACAGAAGCACGAAGCUCAGUAGACUGAUAAAGAAGUCUGUGAAAACUACACCACAAGAUAUGAAUUAUAGCGGUGAUGGAACCGAUACAAAAGACAGCGAAUUUGAAAAAGAUGACAAAUCUAUUGCUUCAGACCAAAAAGAAAACGAUGGUCCGUACACUGAAACUGUAAAACAGAAAGCCAGUAGCAAGGAACAAACAGAUCGAAGUCACGAAAGGACUCUUGAAUCGGAUUCUUCCAAUAAAGAAGACGUUAGAAAUAAUGAGGACCACAGUGAUGGUGAAUACAAAAAAAGAAAACCGGCAUAUGAAUAUUUACAUUUGCCUGACCAUAGCAAAGAUCUUGACAGUACAAAAUCUAGCAAAAAGGAUAAAAAAACAACAACUUCAAAACAAUUUUUCGAAGAAAAGGUAGUUCCUAAGCCUAAAGAAAUAGAAGAAAAACGUGAUAGUUCAGCUAAAGUUGAUUCAAGUCCAGUGCGUAAAGAAGGAAACAAAUUAUACACGUAUCAGAAAUCCGCGGAAUAUGAAGACUAUCAUGAGAAACUUGCUAGUAUUCAAAAUCAAUUGAAAACAACACGUAAUUAUUAAACUAGUUUUGAUUUGUCAAUCGAAUACUUAUUAUCCUAUCCUUUUUGCAUUAUUCACACAUUUUUAAAAAUCAUUUAACUGAAUAAAGGUUUUAAGCGGUUGAGGCCAUCAAUAAAAGGAAAGAUUUCUAUCUGUAUUUGAUGUAUACGUUCGCCGCGCUAAGUUUUAUAGAUGAACUACACUGAAAUGUCCCACCGACGACAUUGACAGAAGGGCGCCACCAUCUUCGUUCAAAUACAUGGUUUCCACCGUGGCAAAAGUCGGAACCAGCGAUCCGCUAUUGACGGUGGCCCCCCUGUCAGUGUCAAAAAAAGGACAUUUCAGUGUAGUUCAUCUUUAACACUGUUUGACUGACUGACAAGUGCUUUCUGUCUCUCUAACUUUUUCUGCGUGAACUUAAUUUGUAUUAAGCGCGCUCUACACUCGCUCGCGAUUCUUGCUGUGAAUUGACGCCGCGAUUCGCGCCUUGUACUUCGCGUUCAUAUGUGUCUCUCCACACUCGCGAAGCCUCGCAGUCUCGUUCGCGGCCUCAAUGGAUGACGACGUGAUUGUUGCUGCUGCGGUGACGCUCUAUGCUAUAUCGUAUUACAAUUACCUAUGUAUUAAAA